AUUGAAUUGAAGUAAAUUAACUCACAGUUAUUCCACAAAUUAACAUGGCAUUCAAGGUUAUCUGUUUUGCAGCCUUUGUGGCCGUUGCACAAGCUGGCUUAAUUCCAUCCCAUGGAUAUGCUGCCGCACCAGUUGCUUAUGCAUCACACCAAUUGCACGCUUCUCCAUUAGCUGUUGCACAUGCUGCUCCAGCCGUAUACGCUCAUGCUGCUCCAGUUCACGCUAAAGUACUUGUUGCUGAUGCACCAGCUGAAUAUAGUUUCCAAUAUGGUGUACAUGAUGCCCACACUGGUGAUGUAAAAGAACAACAUGAAGAACGUCAUGGUGAUGCUGUCCAAGGAUACUAUACUUUAAAUGAAGCUGAUGGAACCAAACGAAUUGUCCACUACACCGCUGAUGACCACAAUGGUUUCAAUGCAGUUGUACAACGUGAAGGUCAUGCAGCUCAUCCAGCUGUUGCUAUCAAAGCUGUAGCUCAUGCUGCUCCAGUGUAUGCUCAUGCUGCCCCAUUAGCUGUAGCUCAUGCAGCUCCAUUAGCAUACGCUAGUCAUGCCGCCCCAGUUGCUUAUGCAUCACACCAAUUGCACGCUGCUCCAUUAGCUGUUGCACAUGCUGCUCCAGCCGUAUACGCUCAUGCUGCUCCAGUUCAUGCUAAAGUACUUGUUGCUGAAGCUCCUGCUAAAUACAGUUUCCAAUAUGGAGUAUCUGAUCCACACACUGGUGAUGUUAAAGCUCAACAUGAAGAACGUAACGGUGAUGUUGUAAAAGGAUACUACACUUUAAAUGAAGCUGAUGGAACCAAACGUACUGUUCACUACACCGCUGAUGACCACAAUGGUUUCAACGCUGUCGUACAACAUGAAGGUCAUGCUGCUCAUCCAGCUGUUGCUGUAAAAGCUGUAGCUCCAGUUGCCAUUAAAGCUGUAGCUCAUGCUCCAGUAGCUUAUGCCAGUCAUGCAGCUCCAUUAGCUUAUGCCAGUCAUGCCGCUCCAUUAGCUUAUGCCAGUCAUGCGGCUCCAUUAGCUUAUGCCAGUCAUGCCGCUCCUUUAGGCUAUGCAAGUCAUGCUGCUCCAUUAUACCAUUAUUCAAUUACGAACAGUUCAAUCCAGAACAAUCAUAGAAAAAUGGCAUACAAGUUUGUUUGUUUAUUAGCCUGCAUUGCAGUAACAAAUGCAGGAUAUGUUGCCCCUUAUGCUGGACACGGAUCAUAUUUAGCACCUGCAGCUGUAGCAAUUGCACCAACAUACCAUUCUGGCUACGCUCCACUUGCCAAAGCUGUAGUUCUAGAUCAUCAUGCACCAGCUCAUUACAGUUAUGAAUAUGGAGUAGCUGAUCCACACACUGGUGACGUGAAAUCUCAACAUGAAACUCGUGAAGGUGAUGUUGUAAAAGGAUAUUACACUUUAAACGAAGCUGAUGGAACCAAACGUAUUGUUCACUACACCGCUGAUCCACAUAAUGGUUUCAAUGCUCAUGUAGAACGUGCUGGUCAUGCAGUACAUGCUGUUCCAGUUAAAGCUGUACAUGCACCAGUAGCCAUUGCUCCAGUAGCUAAAGCUAUCUACCCAGCUUAUGGUGGUUAUGCUGGUUAUGGUUAUGGACAUGGUGCCCCAGCCGUAUCAUAUGCAUCUGUUGCUGCCCCACUUGCCUAUGGACACCACUACUAAGUCGAUUAAGCUCUAAAUUAUUUCUACAUUAAUCUAGAAAAAUAAAUAAAUAGUUCAAAAAUU